AUGGAUCAUAUAAGUAAAGACAACCUUCAUUAUCUAAACAAAAAAUUAACAAAAGAAAAUUAAAGUUUAUCAUUACUUGUUUAUAGUUUAUAAAGACAAUUAUAAAAUGCUGCAGUUCAAAUUAAUUAUGUGUAACAACUUGAACAAAAUUUAGAAUUGUUACAAUUUGAACUUAUACAAUUAAAGAAGGAUAAUUAAUUAUAUAAGAACAAUUAUUUAUGUAAACUGAAUAAUAGAUGAAAAAGGACUUCUUUUAAGAUGAAUUUGAUAAUCAGAAAUCAUAAUAUGACUAGAAGUUACAAUUUCUGAUUAAAAAAAAUAAAAGAUUAGAAAGGAGAUUUAAAUUAAAUAAGUUAAUUCUUUUGAAGUAUAGACAUCUAAAUUAAUGGAUUUGAGCAAAUAAACUAGAAAAUUUUAAUUAAUAAUCAAAUAAUCUUCGUUCACCUCUGAAAAGCCCUAAAGGUUUAACAAAGAAAAUAUAUGAUAAUCUCAUACAAAAAUUAUAAAGCACUGAAGAAAAGCCAUUUCAAAUUAAACAGUAUAUUAUUAUAAUAAAAUAAAUAGUAAAAGACGAAUUCCAAUAUUUAAAGCAAAUAAAGUAAAAUAACUACCAAACAGCUAAAAAAGUUUGGUUAGUAUACCUAUAAUUUCAAGUAUUUCAAGUAUAAAAUGA